GUGUAUCAGGGAUGAUGAUUAACACUUUUAAAAACAACAUUCACUGUUUCAGCAGCUGUUUAUGGACUGAACUCCGGUUUAUUUAAUCAACGACAGAAGAAAUAGCUGCAAACGUCUACAGAAAGUACAAGCAUGAGGGACAGACUGUCGCACCUACAUCAGGUGCAGACGGACUCGGAGGGUUUCAGCACAGUGGAGCUGGACACUUUUGAGCAUGAAGCAGCAGCAGCAGCAGCAGCGGCAUCAGAUUCUGACCAGGACCUGGACGGUGUCCUGCAGGAGGCCCAGCAGAUCCGACUGGAGAUCCAGCAGAUCCAGAAUGACAUCAGCGAGUUAAAGGAUGUGAACUACCAGGCUUUGAACAAGACCUCGUUCCCUGUUGCAACAAAGCGGGACGCCAAUGUGAUCGGAGCUGAUAUAAAACGCAGAGGAGAAGCCGUGCUGCAUCGGCUGCACAUGAUGAAUGAUCUUCAAGGAGAACUGGAGGCUCAGCGUGGAAGCUCUCAUCCCACAGCGCGAAUCGCUCGGACGCAGUACAACUGCCUCAGCAACGCUCUGCGGGAGGUGAUGUUCAGCUACAACGACACCGAGAUGAACCACCGGGAGGCCUGUAAGCGGCAGAUCCAGCGGCAGAUGGAGGUGGUGGGCCGGGAGGUGAGCGAGGAGGACCUGGAUGAGAUGAUGGAGGACGGAGAACUGACCGUGUUCAGCGUCCACCUGCAGGGGAAAACCGCCCACUCGGCCUUCCUGCAGAUCGAGAGCCGCCACCAGGAGCUGCUGGAGCUGGAGAAGAGAAUCGAGGGGAUCCAGGAGCUGUUCCUGGACGUGGCCGUGCUCGUGGAGGAGCAGGGGGCGGCGGUGGAGAACAUCCAGAAGAACGUCCAGGGGGCCGACGUGUGCAUUCAGGAAGGCAUUGGCAAGCUGGAAAGAGCUGCUACGUCUGAUAAAAACAACCCCUUCAAGAAGAUGUUCUGUGGCUGCUUCCCCUGUUAUUACCAAUAGAUCUACUGAUCCUCUAAUGAGUGUGAAAAUAUUGUGAGACUGUACUGCGCUUAAUUGCACUGAAACUACAGAUGUGUGGCACCAUGAGCACAGAUCUGUUUAUUGAAAAUGUCACACCUGUUUUAUCUGAAUAAAGAGAGAACCAACAUG